GCCUGGGAACAUCUGUAUUGCGAUAGGCGCUUGACCUCGGCCAUCUUCGACCGCCGGUGUUCUGGCACCGGGCUUCUCAAAUUCCAAUAGGAUGAGCUAAACUCUCAAGCUUGCGUGGUCCUCUUGUCUUUUUUUUUUUUUUUUUUUUUUUUUUUCCAAGCUCGCCCGUCCAUGCUCCGAUGACAGAAUAACGUGCACGCCGAUCGGUUGACCGGGACACGCUGCUCAAGGCCACCAGAGAGUCGGACAAUGGAUGUUCGAAGCGUACAGGACACGGCCUCCGUGGCCGGGUCGGAUUCCUCCUCCUCCAAGAUGAAACUUCAGCUACCGCCUAGCUGCGACCCCCCGCAGCCGGGAGCGUCGGUGAAGCCUCUGGUCUGGGUUGUCUUUGGCGGCACCGGCCACAUGGGUCGCUCGCUUGUCAAAUCCGCCCUCAGCCACGGCGACCUCGUCACCACGGUCGGGCGCGUGCUCGAGACUUCGCCCGAGGCCAUGGCGGCGCUCAACAACGAGACGUGCCUGGGCCAGCUGUGCGACGUGCGCGACGGCGCGUCGGUGGCCCGCGUCAUCGACCGCACCCUCGAGCGCUUCGGCCGCAUCGACUGCAUCGCCAACUGCUCCGGCUACGGCGUCAUCGGCGCCUGCGAAGACCAGGACGAGUACGACCUGCGCAACCAGUUCGAGACCAACUUCAUGGGCACCCUGCACAUCGUCCAGGCCAGCCUCCCUUACUUCCGCCAGCAGAACGCCGGUCGCUACCUCAUCUUCAGCUCCACCUCGGGCGCCCUGGGCGUCCCCGGCCUCGGCCCUUACUGCGCCACCAAGUACGCGGUCGAGGGCCUGAUCGAGGCCAUGCUGUACGAGGUCGACUCGUUCAACAUCAAGGCGACCCUCGUUGAGCCCGGGCUGGUGAGGAGGGACGAGCCGGACUCCACGACGAACCCGCUGCCCACCUGGGGCCACUUCCUCAUCAAGCCGGCCAGCGAGCCGUACUCGCACGCCACCUCGCCCGCGCUGCACGCCAAGCGGAUGGUGCAGUGGCUCGGCGACAGGCAGCCCACCAGCGCCGUCAAGUGCGCCGAGCUGGUCUGGCAGCUCGCCCACUGCUCCUACCCCCCGCUGAGGUUGCUGCUGGGGAGCUACGCUAUCGAGAGCAUCCGCGACCGCCUGCGGUCCGUGACGGAGGAGCUGGAGGACUGGAAGCACCUCAACUUCCCGCCCCCGCCCGAUGCCCCCGGCGUAGAGAAGGGCGGCGACAAGAACGACCGGGAGGAGAAGGCCGAGAAGGAGGACCGGGAGCAGGGAGGAGAGGAGAGAAGGGAGAGGGAAGAGCGGGAGGAGCGGGAGGAGCGGGAGGAGCGGGAGGAGCGGGAGGAGCAGGACGAGAUGGAGCAGCGGGAGAACGAUGAUGUGAUGGAGGGGAUAACCCCGGAUCCCAAAGAAGCAGAGAAUACAUGAAUGUGAAUGAUGGCCGAGAGCUGAGCAAAGUUCAUGAUACCUAUGUCCGCUCGCUUUUUCCCGUCCAGACACGCCUCGGGAUGCUCUGUGGACUGCCCGUGUCGGACCUUCUUUAAUCAUGUUCUUGGAAAUUCUCGGGCGAACAAGCUAUCUACGUUCCUUCUUUCUAAUCUCCUGGCUCCUAAGUGCCAUGUUACAGCGAUCGCACUCUUCCCCAGCCGUACUCAAAAAUCACCUCCGAUCUACAAGCAAUUAAAGGCGUCCAGGUGGAAACAAAUGCCGAGCAUUUUCUUCCCUUCUUUCUUCUUUUUCUUUUUCUUUUUCUUCUUUUUCUUUUUCUUUUUCUUCUUUUUCUUUUUCU